AUGGGUUUUCGGAAUUCGCGGGGUGACGCUGUUUUCGGGUUGGAGUUGAUUUCUUGGAGGGAUGAAUUGGCAGUUUCGGAAAUGGAGAAGAGGGCGAGAAGGGAAGGGGAAAGUGGAACGAGGGUUAUGUUUUCGAUGAAUUUACCAAGAGGAUUUGAUCUGCAGAAGAGGGUGGUAGAAUGGGUGGAUGAGUGGCAGAAGUUGCCAUACAUUUCCCCGUACGAGAACGCAUUUCAUUUAGCACCAAACAGCGAUCAGGCGGAGAAGUGGGCGGUGGGGGUGAUCCACGAGUUGCUGAGUUUGCUGGUUUCCAAGAAGACGGAGAGGGAGAAUGUGUUGUGUUUAGGGGAGUUUUGGGGGUUUGAGCGGGUGAGGUUUAAGAAGGCUUCGGUGCAUUUUCCAGGGAUCUUCUAUGUAUCGAACAAGAUCAGAACCCAAACUGUCGUUCUGAGGGAGGCGUAUAGAAAGAAUCUACUGCUUGAAAAGCAUCCAUUGAUGGUUAUGAGAAACAGGUACAUUAGUCUCAUGAAUCUGGUUUUGAGAAGGGGAAAACCAAUUAGAAAUGGAGUCACUGCCCGUAGAAAAGGAUCAGCUUCUUCUUCAAAAGGAAGGAAAAGGAAAGAUGAGGGCAACAUGUGGAGGAGAAGCAACGAUGAGGAGGAUUAG